UUUCCGCGUAGCCUGGUAACCUAGGCAACCGCAAACAGGUUUCUCCCUCCCCCCCCAUCGAAAACUCCGGUACUCGAUUACCAGGCCUUUCUCUUAAUUCCUCUCAGCUCUUCCUCUCUGGUUUGGAUAACGGUUUGAGGAAGAUGGGGGAGCUUUACUUGGUAUAUUCUGAACUGCCGGGGUAGAGCCAAACUAUUGAACAAAGCUUGUUUGGAAGCGAACGUGGAAAAAAAAACCUGUCAAAUGAAUAAAUAAAUAAAAUUUUUGGAAUGACGCACCGCGCGAGCAACGCGGUGGAGCACGCGCAGGAGGGGGCUCAUUGGGCCGCGGGUCGAGUGACGGGGGAAAAAAAAGACGACGUUAUCCUGGCACUGCGCAAGCGCACUUGGGGACGAAAGCGCGAAGCAAGCCUCUCCCCACCUCCAGCGGCCCGUCGGCGUCGCCUGCACGCGCGCGCAUGCGCCCCGUCAAGGCGACCCGGGUGCCUUCCUCCUGCUGCCCGCUUCUAUGGAAGAAGCCUGUUGCCCGUUUGCUCCGCGGCCGCCGUCGGGGAAGAAGGAAGCGAGAGGCGGAGCGCCAGGAAAAUGCCGGGAAAGCUGAAGGUCAAGAUCGUGGCGGGGCGGCACCUGCCUGUCAUGGACCGAGCCAGUGACUUGACGGACGCCUUCGUGGAGGUAAAGUUCGGAAACACUACAUUUAAGACAGAUGUCUAUCCCAAAUCUCUCAAUCCUCAGUGGAACUCAGAGUGGUUUAAAUUUGAGGUGGAUGAUGAAGAUUUGCAAGAUGAGCCUCUACAGAUAACUGUCCUCGAUCAUGAUACUUACAGUGCUAAUGACGCUAUUGGAAAAGUUUAUAUUGAUAUCGAUCCUCUUCUCUACAGUGAAGCAGCUACAGUUAUUUCUGGCUGGUUUCCAAUUUACGACACCAUACAUGGCAUACGUGGGGAGAUCAAUGUGAUGGUGAAGGUGGACCUUUUUAAUGAUUUAAAUCGUUUUAGACAAUCGUCAUGUGGAAUAAAAUUUUUCUGCACUACGUCUAUUCCGAGGUGCUAUAAAGCUGUAAUUAUUCAUGGAUUUGUAGAAGAACUUGUAGUUAAUGAAGAUCCUGAAUAUCAAUGGAUAGACCGAAUCCGUACCCCGAGAGCAUCAAAUGAAGCCAGGCAAAGACUUAUUUCAUUAAUGUCAGGGGAGCUGCAAAGGAAGAUUGGUCUGAAGGUACUUGAAAUGAGAGGAAAUGCAGUGGUUGGCUACUUGCAGUGUUUUGAUCUGGAGGGAGAAUCUGGCCUAGUAGUGCGAGCCAUUGGAACAGCCUGUACCUUGGACAAAUUAAGUAACACACCUGUAUUCUUACCUGCAUGUAAUUCCCCAUCCAAGGAGAUAAAGGAGAUUCCUUUCAAUGAAGAUCCCAACCCCAAUCCUCAUUCAUCAGGACCCUCCACCCCUCUGAAAAACCAAAUCUAUUCCUUUUCACCUUCCAAGUCCUACAGUCGACAGUCCUCCUCUUCUGACACAGAUUUGAGUUUGACACCCAAAACUGGAAUGGGAAGUGGUAGUGCUGGAAAAGAAGGGGGGCCUUUAAAAGCUCUGUUAAGACAACAAACUCAAUCAGCUCUGGAGCAAAGGGAAUUUCCUUUUUUUACUUUGACGACGUUUCCUCCAGGCUUCCUUCUCCACGUUGGUGGAGUCGUCAGCGCCCGCUCUGUGAAACUCUUGGAUCGUAUCCACAAUCCAGAUGACCCGGAAACACGGGAUGCCUGGUGGGCAGAAGUUCGUCAAGAAAUCAAAUCCCAUGCGAAAGCAUUGGGAUGCCACGCUGUCGUGGGCUACAGUGAAUCAACUAGCAUUUGCAACCAACCCUGUUUGGAAAGUUGGCGUCUGAAAGGCAAUUUUAGACUUGUCAACAUUUUGUCUCUUAGGCUAGAGGAAUCCCUACCUCCCGGUUGUGGCUUCUGCCACAUCCCUUAUGAUGAACUGAACAUGCCAUUCCCAGCUCGCCUUGCUUACUGCUGCAGCUGCAGGAAGCAGAAAGUGCCCGAUGUUCUUUUCACGACCAUAGACCUGCCUGUGGACGCAGUGGUGUUUGGGAAAGGAUGCCUCAUCCAAGCCAGGCUAUGUAGGCUGAAAAAGAAAGCCCAAGCCGAAGCCAACGCAACCUGCAUCAGUAACCUGCUGCCAUUUAUGGAGUAUGAAGUACACACUCAGUUGAUGAAUAAGCUGAAGCUGAGAGGGAUGAAUGCCCUCUUUGGCCUACGGAUACAGAUCACGGUGGGAGAAACGAUGUUGAUGGGUCUGGCAUCUGCUACAGGGGUUUACCUGGCUGCUUUACCUACUCCUGGUGGUAUUCAGAUUGCGGGAAAAACUCCCAGUGAUGCCACUUAUGAACAGCAUAUAUCUCAUGUGCAGAAGAAAAUCAAUGACACAAUCACCAGAAACAAAGAGCUGUAUGAGAUUAACCCUCCGGAGACAUCUGAAGAAAUUGUAGGUUCUCCCAUUCCAGAACCAAGACACCGGACCAGGUUGCUAAGAUCUCAGUCUGAAAGCUCUGAUGAAAUUGCAGAAUUGGAUCUCUCUCAUGGCAAGAAAGACGCCUUUGUGUUGGAGAUUGAUGAUACAGACGCAAUGGAAGACGUUCAUUCUUUGUUGACAGAUAUCCCUCCACCCUCAGGCUUUUAUAGCUGCAAUACAGAAAUUAUGCCUGGAAUAAACAAUUGGACUUCUGACAUACAGAUGUUUACGUCUGUAAGAGUCUCCAGACUUAGCAAUAUUACCCUCACAAACCAAACUCUGAACAAGACCUUUAAUGAUCUCUGUGAGAAUCUAUUAAAGAGCCUUUAUUUUAAACUCCGUUCGAUGAUCCCUUGUUGCCUGUGCCACGUCAACUUUACUGUUGCACUUCCAGAAGAUGAAUUAGUUCAGAUUACUGUUACAGCUGUUGCAAUAACCUUUGACAAACACCAGGCUUUGCAAACAGCUAAAACUGUAGAAAAAAACCUACAAAGAGCUUCCACAGACAAUGAAGAACAGCUGCAAUUUCCAUUGGAGCUUUCUUCCGAUCCUCACAUGCCUCAGCAGUUCUCACCAGCUAAAGAGGACCUGGAGAAUGCAAGUUCCCACGCAGGUAUACCAGCUGGUCAAAGAGCCACUUCAGUUGAUUACAGUUCCUUUGCAGACAGAUGCAACAGCUGGAUAGAAUUCAUUAAACUGAAAGCUCACACCAUAAGGCGUGGAUCAAUUAAGACAACCAUCUCCUUCGACAAGCCAAGUCCACUGACCGAAGGACAGUGCCGUAACCGUCUGGGACCCAUGGGAAUGAACUCCACUGUGCCAGUUGUGAAGAUGACACCGCUUUCUUUCAUCCCGGGGGCAAAAAUAACGAAAUACCUUGGAAUCAUCAACAUGUUCUUUAUACGAGAAACCACUUCUCUGCGAGAGGAAGGUGGUGUGAGUGGCUUCCUGCAUGCAUUUGUUGCUGAAGUGUUUGCGAUGGUCCGAGCUCACGUGGCAGCCCUUGGGGGAAAUGCUGUAGUCUCCUACAUCAUGAAGCAGUGUGUGUUUAUGGAGAACCCAAACAAAAACCAGGCCCAGUGUCUAAUAAAUGUCAGUGGAGAUGCAGUUAUUUUUAUUCGUGAAUCUGAACUGGAUGGGGUGCCAGCCCAGGUUUCUGCUACUGGUUCCACAAAAGAAACAACAUGAAGAACGGAGAUGAUUUUAUUCAUGUGACCAUAUUUCCAGAGGCUCCGGUGGCCAGGUUUUGUUUUUCACGCUCCGUAUAUGAAGAAUAGUUCCAUUUUGAACCAGCUUAAAACAGCUUUCCCAUUUUAUAAGAUCCAAGAAAGCACCCCAGAGCUCUCUGGACAGAUGAAAGGACAUCUGUCAGAAGAAAAAACUGACCAUCUAUUGUUCUUCAGGGUCCUCAGGAUAUUGCCCUGCAUAUCUUAGAAGCACUCUGAGAUGAAGACGUUGCUAAUUCUUUGAUAAAGCAGGGAGAGAUAUUUAUAUUGAAACUGGAAUAACUGGGAAAACUAAAUCCACGUUUUCCACAAAAGAAGAAAAUGGCAUUAAUAUUGCCAGAUGUUCAUCCUGCACAGAGAAUUUACCUGUUGGAAUAAGCAAGAAUAAUAAGCAUCCUAAACUGGAUUUUGUGGCAUGAUUGUUUCUUUGUUCUCAUAUUAGUAAACUAUAGACUUUUUUAAUUGUAAUUUUUUUUUAAAAAAAUUGCAGUAUUAAUUACGAUGAACAAGCCAAUGCACAUAUGAUUGCUAUAGCCUGUUUUUGGAACAACAGGAUGCAGGAACAAUAUUUCUCAAGGCACUCAAAUCCCAGCUGCGUUGGAAGAAAAGAUCAGGAUUUCUGAUCUUGUUGAGUUGUAAAUGCUACCAAAAUGGAGAAAUCACAGAUGCCACUGCCCUUCAAUAAACAGCCCUCAGCUUUGAUACUCCAGGCAGGGAUUGUGGUAAAUAAAACUAGAAUGUUCCGAUAACCCUGGAUGGAUGUGAUAACAAGAAUCCAAGAAAUUGCUGAGAGUGAUUUCAUCCGUAAAUUGGAAAGGUAGAAGGGAAUUUUGCAUCCAGCCAUAGAUGUUUUGGGUGGUGAUAGAGGAAGAGUCACAUAACAUAAACAGAGGCCACUUAAAAAUGGUUUCCUUGUUCAGUUUCAACUGGUGGAGCGUUGACAGAAUAUCCAUCAAACAUUCUCCAGAUUUUCAUCCUCCCUCACCAAACAUAUUCUUGCGUUAAGAAGAGGCAAGCUGAAAUCUUCCAGUGGCUUCCAAUAUGGAACUUGAAGUACAUAAUGUAAACUUGAAUGUAAAUACAUGAGAAUUUAUUGGAUUGAAGUGCAGAAACUUCUAGAUUAUUUGUCCAAUUCAGAUAUUUCUUUGCAAAGAGAGUGGUGAAUGUCACAUUCCUAUGUACAUAAUAAAGCCUCUUUAUAUAAAUGUCUGAUUUGAUGCUGUGGACAGAUAUUGAGGGGGGGAAUCACAUGAUGAC